AGACCGGUGGGUCUUCGUUUUAGAACAGUGGGUCUUCAGUUUAGACCACAGAGUCUUCGUUUUAGACCACAGGGUCUUAGGUCUUCGGUCUUCGUUUUUGACACAUCCUAAAAUAAGAGUGAAUGUAUAGACUGCCUGCUGGGAUUUAAAAAGGUGUCAGUGGCAGUUGAAAAGAGUUAGCCAUUAGUGGAAAUUUGACUAUAUUAGCAAACACACCGAUAGACACGUUAAGCUGGAAGACCUGCUUGUUUGCAGUCCUGACAGGUUGCAACUACUUGCAAUUUUACUGAAGUCAAAGGUGGUCUGGUUGUGUCUUUCGUUUGCUUUCUUUUUUUUUCUUUCUCAAACAUGAGUAAUGUACAACUUAAUUUAGAACUUAAGCUCUGAAUCAAAUUUUCCUUUGAGGUGUAAACAACUGCACAAAAUGUCCGGUCAUCCAACGAUUUAGAUCUGAAUGUCUCAAACUCGGAUUUAAAACACUGUGAGUCUCGGUCUCGUAAUUUAAAAAGUCAAAAUGUCUCAGGCUCGCAAAGAAAAACACUACUUCUUCUCGCAUUUACCGUUCACCACCCCUUUUUUGCAAAAUGUACACUUUUUUAGGGGUGUGGUUGUCACUUGUUUAUACACUGAUUAGUUUUUUCAUAGCAGGCUCGCUUAUGGUCUUAAUUUUGUGCUAGGUUGCAUUGCUAAUGCAAUUCUGGAAAUUCUGUCAUUCAUAGAUCUGUCAGAUGGGAAGGCUUAGGACAUUUCCUGAGGAGAAUGCCGAAGCAAGGGAGAGACUAAUAAAGGGAAUGAUACUAAGAAGAGGUUGUGAUAUUGCUGGCGGAAAUGUACCUGAGACGUUAAUAAAGGAAAGGGACAAUCCUAAUUUGCAAACGCCAUUUAACAGAAUUGGCAAACAAUCUGUGGAAGAAAGUGGUUUGCUUGAACAACAUCAUCUUACAUCUAGUGACCACAAGGAGAGGAACAGCAUUGAUAUUCAUGAAGAUGAGCUUCAGCAACACAGAAGCGUCAAUGAUGACAAUUUGAGUUGUAAGACUGGGUGUUAUUCAAAUACUUGUCCUUCUCAAGUAUCAUCCUCCACUUUCCAGCCUCGUCCAUCUAAGGAAUCAAUGAGAAACUGUACAGCCUUGGAUAGAUCACUGAAAGACCUUAUUGUCAAUACUGUGGCAAGAAAAUUAUUGGACUUGCCUCUUAAAAGUGACAAGUCAGCAAACAUUUCACACACUACUUUAGAGGUAGACAAAUGGACUCCAAGUUCUGCAGCUUGUGCUUCCAAAUGGCGAAAAGGAGGUGAACUGCAACUUUCUGAAGUAGCAAUGUUGUUUGGAGGAAGUACUUUGCUUCAACUCAAGAAUGAAUGUGGCGGACUUCAGACUCUACUGCGUAACCAUUAUUACAUCUUCAAAGGUUCGUUAAACUUUUUCUUACAAUUAUACAUUGAAUACAUGUGACCCUGAAAGGCAAAACGGACACUAAUGGUUAUCCGUUCCAAAAGGUUAACCACUCGUUAUCCAUUUGUUACCGGUUCGAAUGUUUUGCGUAUCCAUUCGAACGGUUCUGACGUCCAUUCAAAGUUAAUUGCAACAUCCGUUCGAACGGUUCUCGCAUCCGUUCAAAUGGGUCUGACGUCCGUUUGUACAGUUAUUGCAUCUGUUCGCCAACUAGAAUGUCCGUUCAAAGAAUUGCAACAACCGUUCGAACGGUUUCAACAUCCAUUCUCAAUGUAUCCAUUCAAAAGGAGAAAUUAAAUUGCAGUCAAUAUCAAAUUUUUUUCAAUAUUAUGUAUUGACUAGGUAAGCUCUUGCCAAAGAGUCUAUUUUAGUCAAGAAAACAAUUACUAAACAAAAAUUUGGUGCUUAUUAGCAGGGAAAAGAUCACAGCUGUUGUUAGUUACAUGCACAGCCAUGCGUGUGACUGCAGUACUGUUGUCAUUUUGCCAUGAUGGCAACAGUUCUUAUGACAAUCAAUGUUGUUACAGAUCAUUCAACACGACAAUUCUAAAAUGGCUGAGCUUGAAAUUGACAACUCUGAUCAGAUUGUACAAAAGGUGAAGAAAUUCAUGCAGGAAACUUGCAGUUGUGCUCUUGGUUUAAAUGGUCGCCCAUGUUCCGAUCAAGUUACAGAGGAGACGGUUCUUUACAAUUUGAAUAACUGCCUUGAGCUUUCUAGCACGGAACUCGACCUUAUCAUCCUGGCAAAUAUUCAAGUAUUCACAAAGAGAGAAAAGGUUGGCAACAAAAGAAGCAGGAGUCCUCAGUGUAGUUUUAUUUACCAAACGAGCCCCGUUUGCAAGGAGAUGUUCUUACACUUGUACAGAAUUGGUUAUUCCAGGUUUGAAGAUUAAAAGAACAUUAUCAGGAGCACGAAAUUUUCCCAACAAUUCACAGAAACACCAAACGUGUGCCAGGAAAUGCAAUGUCUGAAAAAUCUCUCGAAGCAAUCCAUGCACUUAUUGAAAAUUGUGUGGAAGAAAAUGCCAUUGUGCUCCCUAGCUAGCAGGAUUCCUGGAUUUAAAAAUGAAGAAAUCAGACUCUUAUCUUCGUCGGAGACAAAAAUGAGCAUGUGGAAAGAGUACGAAGGAACUUGCAAGACCUCAAAUGAGAAAGCCGUAAGUUACAGGAAAUUCUUGCAGCUGUGGGAUGAGUUUUAUCCUGAUGUGGCAGUCGCUAAACCUAUGACGGAUCUUUGUUUAAAGCUUGUCAACAAAACACCACAAAACUACAGCGAGCUGCCCACCUCUCGGAUGAAAAAAAUCAGAGUGUGUAAAGGUUCACCAGGAACACUUGAACACUGCGCAAACUGAAAGAGAAUUCUACAGAAAUUCGUGUAA